GGAGGUGCUGGGGGGCCGGGGGCGGGGACAGAGACAUUAUCGAGACCCCCGCUCUGCGCCCUCGCUGACUGGGGCUCUGCGAGGAGCGGGCACCUGCCAGGAGACGUGGGACCCAGCCGGGCAGCGCUGGAUGUCAGGCUGCCGCUGUGCGCUGGCUCAGGAGCAGCUGCAGCUCCAUGGGGUGAGCUGAGCUCCUACAAAGCCACAGCCUGCUGGAUCCAAGCCCAGUCCCUCCCUGCAGCUCUGUAACGAGCGGGGCACCAGUUUGGAGAGGUGCCAGCGCACAGCCCAGCAGCCACAGCCAGGCAGGUGUGUGGAACCAGCUCCAGCCCUGAGCCCAGCAAGGGAGUGUGCAGGGCCUGCCCUGGCGCUCGCCCCAGAAAAGUGGCAGGAGUGGGGACAGCAGCAACAACCACCAUCAGGAUGCUGCCACUCGCAGACCAGGUGCUGGAGCUGCUCAGCCUGGAGCGGACCCCGUUCUGGACUUAUGCCAUCUCUGCCCUGCUCUUGGCUGCACUGGCACUGCUCCUCCGCCCACUUCUGCAGCUCCUGGGCCUCUUCCACCGAUACUACGUGAACUGCCAGCGUUUGCACUGCUUCCCCCAGCCCCCGCGCCGCAACUGGCUGCUGGGACACAUGGGCAUGAUUGAGCCCUGUGAAGAGGGGAUGGUCCGGGUGUCCCAACUGGUAGCUGCCUUUCCCAACACCUUUUUGACAUGGAUGGGGCCUUUCUUACCAUUCCUGUCCCUGGUGCAUCCUGAUUACCUGAAGCCAGUCACCACAGCCUCAGUUGCUGUUGCCCCCAAGGACUACCUAUUCUAUGGGUUCCUGAAGCCCUGGCUGGGGGAGGGUUUGCUACUGAGCAAUGGGCAGAGGUGGGGGCAGCACCGGCGCAUGCUGACGCCAGCCUUUCACUUCGACAUCCUGAAGCCCUACGUGAAGAUCUUCAACCAGAGCACUAACAUCAUGCACGCCAAAUGGCAGCGCCUGGUGUCAUUGGGCUCCCCCUCCCUGGACAUGUUUGAGCAGAUCAGCCUCAUGACUCUGGACAGCCUGCAGAAAUGUGUCUUCAGCCACAGCAGCAACUGCCAGGAGAAGCCCAGUGACUACAUUGCAGCCAUCCUGGAGCUCAGCAACCUCGUGGUGAGGCGCCAGCACCGCCUUCUGCACCACAUUGACUGGAUCUACUAUCUCACGGCAGAAGGGCGUCGCUUCCACCGGGCAUGUGACACUGUGCACCGCUUUACAGCUGAUGUGGUGCAACAGCGCCGCCUGGCCCUGAGCUGCAUGGGCAGGGAGGCCUGGCUCCAGGCCAAGCAGGGCAAGACUGUGGACUUCAUUGAUGUUCUCCUGUUGGCCAAGGAUGAGGAUGGCCAGGAGCUGUCAGAUGAGGACAUCAUGGCAGAGGCUGACACCUUCAUGUUUGAAGGCCAUGACACCACAGCCAGUGGCCUGUCCUGGGUGCUGUAUAACCUGGCACAUCACCCCGAGUACCAACAGCAAUGCCGGGAGGAGAUCCAGGAGCUAGUGAAGGACAAACCAUUGGAGGAGCUUGAAUGGGAGGACCUAUCCCAGAUGCCCUUCACCACCAUGUGCAUCAAAGAGAGUCUGCGCCUGCAUCCACCUGUUACCAUCAUAUCCCGACGCUGCACUGAGGACAUCAAACUGCCGGAUGGACGCAUCAUCCCUAAAGCUGGCCAUAUCCUCUCUGCAGGGAACAUCUGCCUGAUAAGCAUCUUUGGGACCCAUCACAAUCCAACCGUCUGGCCUGAACCUGAGGUCUACAACCCGCACCGCUUCGACCUGGAGAACUCCCGGAAUAGGUCCCCACUGGCUUUUGUACCCUUCUCUGCUGGGCCCAGAAACUGCAUUGGGCAGAACUUUGCACUGGCAGAGCUGAAGGUGGUGCUGGGGCUGACACUGCUGCGCUUCACCGUGCGGCUGGAUGAGAGUAGACCUGUGCAGCGCAAGCCUGCUUUGAUCCUGCGUGCUGAGGAUGGGCUCUGGCUGCAGGUGGAGCCCCUGCAACCCUAGCUGUGAGGCCAGACUCUGCCCUAGUCCUCCCUGUUCCUGGUGACCCAGCAGCUCCUGGAUGAGGAGUGAGACAGCUGCCGUGGGGGCCUAGUGCUUGCUCUGGCACAUGAUGCAAAUGCUGUUCUGCCCCCACUGGACAGGUGGGCAGGGACUGGCCUGAGAACAUGGGACUAUUCAGCACUGAACUACAGGCAGGAUGAGGGGUCCUGGCUUUUGCACAGGCUAGGUCUGAACCACCUGUUUCUCCUUCAGCCUUUCACCCUUUCUUUCUCAUUGCCAGAGAAUUAUAUAGGUGACCUGGGACUGGGUCAGCCCCUGUCCACCCCCUGCAUAGGCAGCCCAUACCUCAGCACAGCUGCUGUUGCUCCCUGAUGUUGGGGAAGCAGCUUGUCUCUUGGGAUUCUCACCUGCUGUCUUUUGGGGCUCUUGCUCUUCCCUCUCCAAUCAGAUGGUUAGGAAGCAGCUACAUCUUCCUCAGGGACUCUGCUUUUCCCUUUCUAGCAUGGUGUUGUACCUGCCCUGUGCCUGGGUCCUAAGUCCUUGGUAGCCACCAGUCCCAAGGUGGCAGGAGUUGGGACAUCCGGAGCGUGGGGAAAUCUGUGAUUUGCUUUCCCCACUUGCUGAUCUGUCCUCCCAUGGUAGCAGGAGGGAGGGGAAGGGUAAGGUCCCUUCAAGAUGCACAUAUUAGCUGGCUUAAUAAAUUAUGUAGUCUACCUGCUGAUAAAACCAAGGAGUGAGGCUGGAUUGUGCAUAGGUAACCCUAUAGGUAACCCCUUCUGAGAGAUAAGGAUAAUUAAGAGCAGAUCUAAUAUUUGUUAAAAAAACAGGAUGCCUUUGUAAUCAAUCUACUAUGAAAGUAAAUUUCAUAUACUUGCAGCCAUGGCUACAGAGAAAGCUAUGGUAUUCUGGAACUUAACACCUUAAAUUCAAAAAUUAACUGGUGCAACUAAUGUCACUUUGGCUUCCCUCUGGGAGCUUGAGGGAAAUGGCAUGAAGGUAAUCAUAAACUCUUGAAUGUAUCUAAUACAGGUGACCCUCGCCAUUCACGGGGUUGUGUUCCCAUGAUCCCCGCGAAUGGAGAGAUCUGUGAAUAGGGCACUGCAUUCAUGAAUGCAGUCUGAAUUCAUGAACGCAGUGCCCCUGGCGGCUAGGGGGGAGGGGGCAUGGCUCCAGCAGUGACGGCGGGAGUGCAGCGGCAGCAAGCAUGGAGCUCCCGAGGAGCUUCAGUAAGUGUUUAAAGUGUAUUUAAGGUGCAGGUUUGGCAUUCAUGAAUAUCUGAAACUGAAUGCUGAACCCGCGAAUACCAAGAGUUUCCUGUAUUCCUGGAUCUAAGCAAGAACAACUAGAUAAAUCACUUGGUAAAAGCAAUUUGUUAUAAUCUAGAGACAUACAAAACAUCUUUUCAGGCCAAGGUAAAGCCAAAAUUCCUGAUUUGGCUAACAUAAUAUAGAUUAUGUAUCAUUGAGCCCUGCUGAUGAACCCUGGGCAACUCUAUUACCUGUAUGUCAUUACCUAUUAUGAUCAGGUUGGGUUGGACAGGGCACUUGGGGAAAUCCCUCCAAAUAACCCAUAGGAAGGAAUGGGAGUUGUAUAGGCUGAAACCUUUGCACAGAACAGGGAGUGGGUUCUCGAGCAGUUAAGAUGGUUGUUUUGGGAUGACCCAACCCAAAAGUGCUGUGAAGUCUUCAGCAAAUGAAAUUGUAAAGAAAACAAGUGAGGGGUUGUGGGGAGUCACAAGAUGGAUUGCUCAGAAUCAGGCAUGUGAGACUUGUAUUUGGAAGGCCACCUUUGGAGCUUGUGUGGAGGGAAAUUACUUCAAGUGGACAUUUGGGAAGUUUGUAUAGUGUACUAGUCUGUCCUGGCAGUAUAAUGCAGCUACGAGGAGUUAGCAAAAGGGAACUGGUGGGGAUGGGCUUCAGUAAGGCUGGAGGUUGGACUGCAGGGAAGGAGCCUCCAUGAGACAUGACAGCCGAAGCCAGCCACCCAUUCUCAGUGGGGUAGGGCUGUGGAUCAGGAAACAUCUUCCUGCUUCUUUCCCAGACCUGAGGCAUGCGCUUUGUGCCCAAAGCUUGUCUAACGUGCUAGAAGUGGUUCAAUAAAAGAUAUUAGCAAACAGG